AUGUGGGAUUUAAAGGAGGUUCUGCAGUUGUCUCUUUCCCUGUUUCUGGCUAAAAACGAGAACCCUUCUAGACCUUGGCCCAGAAGUUUUGAAGUCAAGGGACUUUCUCCUCUUGUCGGGAGUGAGUUAGAAAGGUCUCUUUGUCCAGUCAGAACUCUGAAGUUUUAUCUUCAAAAGAAGAAUCAACUGCAGGGUUGCCGUCAGAGUCUCUGGUGUGCUGUGAAGGACCCUAAGAGACCCAUCUCAAAAAACGCACUAGCGUUCUUUGUUAGAAAUGUGAUAUCAGAAGCACACAUGAAGUGCCAAGAUGAAUCCUUGAAACUGCUAAGGGUUAAAGCGCAUGAGGUCUGGAGUCAUGGUGGGAGAAUUUUCCGUUGUCAUUACUGCCAAAACUUCCUAUGUGAAGAUGACCAGUUUGAGCAUCAAGCAUCUUGCCAAGUGUUAGAACAGGAGUCAUACAAAUGUAUGUCCUGUAAUCGUCAAGGCCAGUACUCAUGUUUAAGAUGUAAAAUAUGCUAUUGUGAAGAUCAUGUACGUCGUAAAGGGUUUAAGUAUGAUAACAAGCAAAAAAUACCAUGUCCCAAGUGUGGCUUUGAUACUGAGGAAACUAAAGAACUCAGCAUGUCAACUCGUACCCAUAAAUAUGGUAGGCAGCAGUUGUCAUAUACCAAUGACGAUGAUGAUGAUGCUGAUGAAGGAGCUGUUGGUUAUGAUGGUUAUAGUUAUGAUGAUUAUGACUAUGAUGACGAGGAUGAUGAUGAUGACGAUGAUGAUGAGGAUGACGAUGAUGAAGAUGAAUCGGAGGAGGAAGAGGGCGAGGAAGAGAAAAGCAAAUAGAUGUAAUUUACACUGUACACUUAAAAGUAAUGGUGGUGGUUCAUUUUCAUUAAUAAAGUUGGGAAAUUGCAUUGUUUUAAGGAAAUUGCAUUAAUGAGAAGAAUAGCAGCAGUUAUGUUGUUCAAAAAAUUGUCCUUAAUAUAUUUUUUUUUGUAAUUGCAUUUGUUAUUAACGUCUUUGUCGGUUUUAUCAGUUAUUGAAUGUCUCGUUUUAAUUUUCUGGAAACAUUCAUCCUAGAAAAUUUUAUCUUUGUCAGAGAAAAUAUUUUAUGUAUAACUUCCGCUGCACAUAUUGAAAGACCAUUUGGCAUAUUAGUUUUCAUUUUUUGUAAUAUAGAAGCAAGAGCAGAUAAAGGUAAUUCAUCAAUGGCAAUAAUUAAAUUCAAAUUGCAUUUAUUGAAGAGGAAGACUGUUGGAGCUGUAAGGAGAAGAACAUUUACAUGAGACACACCAGACAGUUAUAACUACUGAAGUAAUCGUAUCUUACCUAACCUAGCCAAACCAAGCCCCAUGUUAGAUCCAUGUUAUAUACAUCUAUUGAAAGUGCAGUUGAACCUGGUACAUCACUUACUAAUGUAUGAGUUGUUGUUUAUGAAAUUUUGGGCUUUUUAAAAUAAGCAACAGAUUAUAUAUAUAGAAAAAAUAUGCCUUUGGUUUCAAAACUAUUUUAGCUGUGUGUAUAUAGAAAUGAUGUCAUUAAGAGCUUAAUUUUAGAUUCAUUUUACUUUUGUGUCCACACUGAUUUAUUUCCAUCAUUCAUUGAAUUAAUUGCAUUCCUGAAUUUCUAAUAAAGCUUUUUGCUAAUUUAAAUAUACUAUAAUAAAGCCUUUUUACCUUGAUGCUUUAGUUAUUCAAAUAAUUUACUCUUAGGAAAUAUAAUUUGUAAUUUAAACUCAAUUUUUUAUGUGUAGUUAAAAAAAUUGUUGGCUUGAUUAUUCUUAAGGGUAUCUUACUAUCUAGAAGUUACUCAGAAUUUAGCCAAAUUAUGAAAAAAUAUAUGGCGUGGGUGGUGGAUAGUAGACUGUCAUUUUCAGAAAAAAAUUUGACUAUAAUUUUUACUACUCAAUCACUGAAUAUCAGAUAAUAAAAUUCACCUUGUAUAUUUGCAUUAACUUUUUGAGUUAUGAGUGAGAAUCAUUUCAAUAUGGGUAAAACAGGCAUACAGAAUGGAUUUUUUUUUUUUUUUUGGAAGCAAGUCAAGUUAGUAGUGAAAUGACUGUAUUUUUUCAUUUUAAAUUAGGCAAUCGGUUUUACCACCAGUAAUUUAGGCAUGGAAAAGUUAAAAACCACUGGUCUCUUCUACAACGCCAGGUGAACUCUUGGUGUAUGUCUAAAGAUAGAUGAGGAAUACACAAUGGAACCUCUUAUUUUUUCUACUAAGAAAAAGAAACUAACAGACUUUUGAGUACCAAUUCGAUUAAAGUAGAAACGUAUACUCUUGGUAACAUCUUGGAAAGGGUGUUUUUUUAUUAUUAUUUUUUUUAUUAUUAUAAAUGAAGGUAAGGUCUUGCUGUGGUUGAUGUACCUUUAAUUGUCAGGUAACUUAAAUGUAGGAUGUAUCUGUUGUAGGGUUAUGCUGAUAAAUCCAAGUUCCAAGUUGAGCAAUCAAGGUCUUGAACACUAUGCAUUGUAUCCAUGAUGUGCUUCAGAGUUAUUUUUUAUAAUGAUUGAUGUGUAUAAAUUAUGUAUCCACUUUUUGUUAACAUUUACAUAAAUUUGGGGAAUUUUCUGUUACACGUACAGUUUCUUUUAUGUUCAAAAAGUGAAAAUUUUUAAAGUAGAUGCGUAAACGUCUGUCAAAGCAAGUAGAAGAUAAUAGUAAACUUUAUUUAUCUAUAACUAUUUAUACUCAUGAGAGUACUCAUUCAUUUCUGCUCUCCUCUAUUUUAUAUGUAAAUCUUGUUGAUCAUUUUUUCUCAAAUAGUGAUCUUAUCUGUGAUACAGUUUUUGAGAUUCUUGCAUCUUGGCUGUAUGGGUAAUUUCCAUUAGUUUUUUAUGAAUGGAGAACUGCAUUUCACAUCUGCUGUAAAUUGUAAUGUACAGAUGCUACUUGUUAUCAAUAAAAUUGAUAUUUACAGAA